CCCGCCCGCCUGGAGGACCAUCAGUGAUCCGCCCGCCCGCCUGGAGGACCAUCUGUCAUCCGCCCGCCCGCCUGGAGGACCGCUGGCUGCCAUCACGGAGUGAUAUCGCUCUGUAUCGUCCGCGCCUUUCAUUCACUGAGGUUUAGGAGCCAUUGCUGUGGACAGAGAGACGGGGACGUGAGCGGCCAUUGAGGGCGGCCAUUGAGGGCGGCCAGGGUGCCGGUGAGCCCCCCAAUCUGCUCAGUGUGCGGGCUGAGCUUCGAUGGAGGACCACAUGACUGGGCACAACAAGGUCAAGCGUUAUGAGUGUGAUGUGUGUGGCAAGGCCUGGCAGCAGCCGAGCCGGCUGGAGGCCCACCGGCGUGUGCACACGAGAGAACGCCCCUUCGACUGCUCCACCUGUGGGAAGAGCUUUACAUGGUGGUCGGGGCUGCACGAGCACCAGCGGGUGCACAGCAGUGAGCGGCCAUUCAUCUGCUCCGACUGCGGCAAAGCCUUCAAGUCGUCGCCGCAUCUGAAGAGGCACAGGCGCACCCACACCGGGGAGCGGCCCUAUACCUGCAGCGACUGCGGCAAGAGCUUUACCUGCUCCAGCAGCCUGCUGGUGCACAAGCGCAUCCACACUGGCGAGCAUCCCUACACCUGCGCCCAGUGCGGCAAGGGCUUCACCCAGCCCAGUCACCUGCUGGAGCACCAGCGCACUCACACCAGCGAGCGCCCCUUCAGCUGUGCCCAGUGCGGCAAGGGCUUUUCCCGCUCCUCCAACCUGCUGGUGCACCAGCGCACGCACACCGGCGAACGCCCCUACACCUGCGUCCAGUGCGGCAAGGACUUCACCCGCUCCAGUCAACUGCUGGAGCACCAGCGCACCCACACCAGCGAGCGCCCCUACACCUGCUCCCAGUGCGGCAAGGACUUCACCCGCUCCAGUUACCUGCAGGAGCACCAGCGCACCCACACCGGCGAGCGCCCCUAUACCUGCGUCCAGUGCGGCAAGGACUUCAUCCAGUCCAGUCACCUGCUGGAGCACCAGCGCACCCACAGCAGCGAGCGCCCCUACACUUGCUCCCAGUGCGGCAAAAGCUUCUCGCAGUCCAGCAGCCUGAUGAGGCAUCAGCGCACCCACACCAGCGAGCGCCCCUACACCUGUGCCCAGUGCGGCAAGGGCUUCAUCCAGUCCAGUCUCCUGCGGCAGCAUCAGCGCACCCACACCGGCGAGCGCCCCUACACUUGCUCCCAGUGCGGCAAAGGCUUCACCCUGUCCAGCAGCCUACUGAAGCACCAGCGCACCCACACCGGCGAGCGCCCUUACACCUGUGCCCAGUGCGGCAAGGGCUUCACCUGCUCCAGCAACAUGCUGGAGCACCAGCGCAUCCACACCGGCGAGCGCCCCUACACCUGCGCCCAGUGCGGCAAGUGCUUCACCCAUUCCAGCACCCUGCUGGCGCACCAGCGCACCCAUACCGGUGAGCGCCCCUACACCUGCGGCCAAUGCGGCAAGGGCUUUAGCCGAACCGACAGCCUGCUGUCCCACCAGCGGGUGCACGCUGGCGACUGCCCAACGUGUGAAGAGCACUUUGCCAUGGCCUCCCAUGCCCUGUCUCACCAGCGCGUGCACACCAGUGGCCAGCCCUACGACUGCCCGUACUGUGGUGAGUAGUUCAACAGCUCGUGUAGGGCAGUCGGACACCUCCCCACUACUUCAAGGAUAGUUCCUGCACUUGGCAAUAAGUUUGGUGUUUGGCGGCUGAAACACAGUGACGGGGCUACAGACAGCCCGUCGUCCGUCUCGGUCAAUGUCGGCUUCUGUAGCCCCCUCAACCCCGGCUGUCGUGGUCCCCUCUCUCUUCUCUUCUACCCGGUACUUCCCUCACAUCGCCAGGAGUGGCCCGGCAAGCAGCUCCCCGGUAGUCUGACGGCAGAGUCCGCUAACUCACCGCAAUCUCAGAGUCAGCCCCCGGCCAUUAGCAUCUACGGUAACCGCGCCACCGAGAGCGAGGAUGGAUCCGUGAGCAAGGUGGACGUCGAGAACGAGAUGGAUGCCAAGAAUAAUGUUGGUCUACUGUUGUACCGUCCCGAACAGGCAGCGGCAGAAAACCUCCGUGUGCUCUUGAAACGAUUGACGCAGCGCGAGCAGCCGCUCACCGGCGUGAGCCCGCCGGUGCUGCCGCAACCCUCUCGAGCUGUCGAACGUCUCACCGCAGUGAAGGGCCGCUCCCUGGUGUGCAACCGCCUGUGCACCUUCAGGUAUGUUGACGACUUGAAGCUCUUGCCGCAGUCGGAGCAACCAAAGGACCUCUCGCCGGGGGCGCCCAGAGGGCGCCCAGCCCACCAACCUCCCUCCCUCCCUCACUCCCUCCCUCACCGCCCGCACGUCUCGGGCUCUCGGGCUCCGGGCUCCGGCUCCUCGGGGCCGCCGGCGGCAGGAUCACCCUCGGGAAGGGAGGAGGGGGUGAGGAAAGGACGCGGGGCCGAGCGGCGGCGGCGGCUGCUGCUCCCACCUGGGCUCCCGCUGCUCCUCCCGCCGGCCGGCGAUCAGGUCUACGUCACCGGCUCGCCUCACGUGAUCACAAACGUCACCGGCCCGCCUCACGAGCAGUUGCAGUGGACAGAGAGAUGGGGAUGUGACCGGCCAUUGAGGGCAGCCAGGGUGCCGGUGAGCCCCCCCCAUCAGCUCGGUGAGCAGGCUGAGCUUCAAGAGGCUUCGAUGGAGGACAACAUGGCAGGGCACAACAAGGAGAAGCAUUGUGAGUGCAACGUGUGUGGCAAGGCCUGGCAGUGCCCGAGUGAGCUGGACAUCCACCGGCGGGUGCACACGGGCAAGAAGCCCUAUGGCUGCUCCACCUGUGGCAAGAGCUUUGCCCGGUUGUCGGGGCUACGGGGGCAUCAGCUGGUGCACAGCAGCGAGCGGCCUUUCACCUGCUCCGACUGUGGCAAAGGCUUCAAGUCGUCCAAGGACCUGAAGACACACAGCUGCCUGCAUACUAGGGAGUGGCCCUACACCUGCAGCUACUGCGGCAAGGGCUUCACCCAGUCCAGCAAGCUGCUGAGGCAUCAGCACACCCACAACGGCGAGCGUCCCUACAUCUGUUCCCAGUGCGGCAAGGGCUUCACCCGCUCCGACAGCCUGCUGGAGCACCAGCGCACCCACACCGGGGCGCGCCCCUACACCUGUUCUCAGUGCGGCAAGGGCUUCACCCGCUCCUACACCCUGCUGGAGCACCAACACACCCACACUGGGGUGCGCCCCUACACCUGCGCCCCGUGCGGCAAGAGCUUCACCCGCUCCAGCUACCUGCUGGAGCACCAGCGCACCCACACCGGCAGGCGCCCCUACACCUGCGCCCAAUGUGGCAAGGGCUUCACCCGCUCCAACAACCUGCUGAAACACCAGCGCACCCACACCGGGGAGCGCCCCUACACCUGCACCCAGUGCGGCAAAGGCUUCACCCGCUCCAGCAACCUGCUGGAGCACCAGCAUACCCACACCGGGGAGCGCCCCUACACCUGCGCCCAGUGUGGCAAGGGCUUCAACCGCUCCAACAGCCUGCAGGAUCACCAGCGGACUCACACCGGCGAGCGCCCCUACACGUGCGUCCAGUGUGGCAAGGGCUUCACCCGCUCCUACAGCCUGCUGUUGCACCAGCGCACUCACACCGGCGAGCGCCCCUACACAUGCGUCCAGUGUGGCAAGGGCUUCACCCGCUCCACCAGCCUGCUGCAACACCAGCGCACCCACACCGGCGAGCAUACCUACACCUGCGCCCAGUGCGGCAAGGGCUUCACCCGCUCCUCCAAGCUGCUGUCCCACCAGCGGGUGCAUGCCGGUGACCGUCCCGUCCCCAGCCCGGUGUGUGGAGAGAACGCUUUGCCUGGGCCUCCAACGCCCUGUCUCAGCAGUGCACACCAGUGGCCAGCCAUACGACUGCCCGUACUGCGGUGAGUCGUUUGACAACUUGCGGGAAUUGCGGCAAUACUGGCGGGCUCACGCCGGCGAGCGGCUGCUCCCACUGCGGCAAGCAUUUCAAGAGCGCACGGGGGCUGCGGGUGCAUCAGUGGAUACACCCUUUGUAUCGCUGAGAGACUCUUUGUGUGAGCUGAGUAUGGUAAGGGUUUCACCCGCAUGUCCAGCCUGCGCAGCACCAGCGUGCCCACAGCAGUGAGCAUCGCUUCCCCUGCCCCUCCCGUCCCGCCUUGACCACCUGAUGGAGCACCGGCGAGUCCACACUGGCCAGCGGCCCUUCGCCUGCCCACUAUGUGGCAAGGCCUUUGCCAGUUCCUCCGUCAUCCUAGGUCCUCUGGCCACUAAUACAUCUGGGAGAUUGUUUGUGAAGACAGAUCUAAAGUACCUGUUCAACAUGUCUGCCAGGCAUCUGGAUAGAAGUGAGGCAUCUAGAUAGUUCCAAGAUACAGGCGUUGGAGUAUGGAAUCCAACAAACAACUUCCACACAGAACACAGUGAACUCGCUGUUGUAAGAAAAACAAGCUUCCU